AGGGAGGAAGGAGGGAGGGAGCGAGCGACCUGAAAUUAUUUUGUAUGCCUUUGUUUCCUUGUCUCGCGGGGAAGGGACGGAAAGCCGGAGGGGACAAAGAGCCGGGGGCGAAGCGGCUCCUGGGGCCUGUCGCGCGGGAUGGGGCGGCUGUGAGGGAGCGAGAGAGUGACUGAGCGGGCGGGAAGGCAGGCAGGCAGGCAGGCGAGGGGAAGGCCUGCUCGGGCCUGGAGAGAGGAUGAAGCGCCGGAGCGCCGACUGCAGCAAACUCCGGCGGCCGCUCAAGCGGAACCGCAUCACCGAGGGCAUCUACGGCAGUACUUUCCUGUACCUGAAAUUCCUGGUAGUUUGGGCCCUUGUUCUGCUGGCUGAUUUUGUGUUGGAAUUCAGAUUUGAAUACCUGUGGCCAUUCUGGCUUUUCAUCAGGAGUGUUUAUGAUUCCUUCAGAUACCAGGGAUUGGCCUUUUCAGUAUUUUUUGUUUGUGUAGCAUUCACAUCAAAUAUCAUAUGCUUGCUCUUCAUACCGAUACAGUGGCUGUUCUUUGCUGCCAGCACAUACGUUUGGGUACAGUAUGUCUGGCAUACAGAGAGGGGCGUGUGUUUACCAACAGUAUCACUGUGGAUACUGUUUGUUUAUAUUGAAGCAGCAGUUAGAUUUAAAGAUCUUAAAAAUUUCCACGUAGAUCUUUGUCGGCCUUUUGCUGCGCACUGUAUCGGUUAUCCUGUGGUGACUUUGGGCUUUGGCUUCAAAAGUUAUGUUAGCUAUAAAAUGCGAUUAAGAAAGCAAAAAGAAGUGCAGAAAGAAAAUGAAUUUUACAUGCAGCUUCUGCAGCAAGCCUUGCCACCGGAACAGCAAAUGCUACAGAGACAAGAAAGAGAAGCAGAAGAGGCUGCCAAAGGAUUGUCAGAGAUGGAUUCUUCAAUACUUUUGCAACACAACGGAGGUAUUCCAGCAAAUAAAAAGUUGUCUGCAACGCUACCGGAACUAGAAUAUAGAGAAAAGGGGAAAGAGAAAGACAAGGAUGCCAAAAAACAUAACCUUGGAAUAAAUAACAAUAUAUUGCAACCUGUAGACUCUAAAAUACAGGAAAUUGAAUACAUGGAGAACCAUAUCAAUAGUAAAAGAUUAAAUAAUGAUCUUGUGGGAAGUACAGAAAACCUCUUAAAAGAGGACUCAUGCACUGCCUCAUCUAAAAAUUACAAAAAUGCUAGUGGGGGUGUGAACUCCUCACCUCGCAGUCACAGUGCAACUAAUGGGAGCAUCCCUUCUUCAUCUGCUAAGAAUGAGAAAAAACAGAAAUGCACUAGCAAGAGUCCAAGCACACACAAAGACUUAAUGGAAAAUUGUAUUCCUAAUAACCAGCUGAGCAAACCAGAUGCACUGGUAAGGUUGGAACAAGACAUUAAGAAGUUGAAGGCUGACCUGCAGGCAAGCAGGCAGAUUGAGCAGGAGCUGCGGAGUCAGAUCAGUUCUCUGACCAGCACAGAGCGAGGGAUUCGGUCUGAAAUCGGACAGCUCCGGCAAGAAAAUGAGCUGCUUCAGAAUAAAUUACAUAAUGCUGUACAAAUGAAACAAAAAGACAAGCAGACUAUUGGGCAAUUGGAGAAAAAGUUAAAAGCAGAGCAGGAGGCACGGACUUUUGUAGAAAAGCAGUUGUUGGAAGAAAAAAAAAGAAAGAAAUUGGAAGAAGCCACUGCGGCCCGCGCGGUUGCAUUUGCUGCUGCCACCAGAGGCGAAUGCACCGAAACAUUACGAAAUCGCAUAAGAGACCUGGAGACAGAGUGCAAGAAGUUAACAAUUGACAUAAAGGUGAAAGAAGAUCAGAUACGAGACCUAGAAAUGAAAGUUCAGGAGCUGCGGAAAUACAAAGAGAACGAGAAGGAUACAGAGGUGUUAAUGUCAGCGCUUUCAGCCAUGCAGGACAAGACGCAGCACUUAGAGAACAGCUUGAGUGCGGAGACGAGGAUCAAGUUGGACCUCUUCUCCGCAUUAGGAGACGCCAAAAGACAGCUGGAGAUCGCCCAAGGGCAAAUCAUUCAAAAAGAUCAGGAAAUCAAGGACCUAAAACAGAAGAUAGCCGAAGUCAUGGCAGUAAUGCCCAGCAUAACGUACACUGCAGCCACCAGCACGCUGAGUCCCGUUUCCCCACAUUAUUCUUCCAAAUUUGUGGAGACCAGCCCAUCUGGACUUGAUCCCAACGCCUCAGUUUAUCAACCCCUGAAGAAGUAAAAAAAACAAAAACCAACUUUCCCAUUUGUUACGCGGGAAGGCGGCAUCACACAGAAAAAUCUCUUGCAGUCAAGAUGAAAAUUGUAUGGUGUGAGACUGUACUGAUCUCUCGUUGGAAAAAAUAAUAAUAAAAAUAAUAAAAAGAGGGAAGUGGGGAGACAGAACCCCAACACCAAGGUUUGGCUAGAACUGCCCAUCCGUUUUUUCUUGUAAAUUUUUAGAAAACCUCACAGACCUUUGACAGUUUAUUUUUUUUUUCUUGGCCAACACAUUGAGGAGAAAACAGCCCAUGACUUUUGGUUUUCGCGUAGCAAAUUCUGCCUCUCUUCUUCCGAGGUUUCCUCUUGAAAGGAGUAAAAUGGCAUGGCACUAUGUUUGACUCUAAACCAGGCAUGGCGACACUUUGGCCCUCCAUCCAGGUCUUUUGGACUCCAACUCCCACCAUUCCCAACAGCCUCAGGACCCUUCCUUUUCCCCCCAGUGUCCUUUACAGGUGGCUCCAUAUAUAAGGAUGACAAAAUAAUCCAUCUUCCUCUCUCCUGUGUGACUCAGUUUGAGUAUCUGCCUGCGUUGUAUGUGAUUAUCCGAUCACUUAAGUGGCUGAGGAGGAAAAGGAAGGAGCCUGAGGCUGUCAGGAAUGGUGGGAGUUGAAGUCCAAAUCACCUGGAGGGAAAGCCCAAGUUUCCCCAUGCCUUCCUUUUGUUUUCGGAUUGGUUUUUGAAACAUAAUGGAGCCGAAAUGGCAAAUUAAAAAUGUCAAGGAAUAAUGAUGAAAAAUUCUCUUUUUUAUAUAUAUAUGAAAGGGUUUGCAAUCAAACAAAGGCCAUGGGGUGGAAUGGUGGGAGAAGAAGGAGGAAUGUGUACAAGGAACCGGUUUGUUUUUAUCCCUCUAAGGACCGAACGUAUUGAAAAGUGGGCAUCGGUUUUAAGGGGAGCGUAAUCAGUAAUGCGGGGAGUGGAGGGAGCACAAUGGCAUGUGAGCUUGGUGAUUGAAAUGUGAUUCUUAUUAGCCCAGGCCUGGAUGAUUGAUCGAUUGAUUGGUGGCCCUCCCGGUGUUUGGGACUUCCGCUCUCAGAAUUCCUGGCCAUUGAACAAUCUGGGAGUUGGAGACCCAAAAAACCUGGACGGCUGCAGGUUGGAAGCGGUCUGCAUCCACCUGUUCAACCCAAAGCAGUGGUUCCCAACCUUUGGGCCUCCAGGUAUUUUGGACUUCCGCUCUCAGAAUUCCUAGCCAUUGAAUAAGUUGGCUUCUGAGAGUUGGAAGUCCAAAAAACCUGGAUUGGAAGAGGUUUGCAUUCGCUUGUUCAGCCCAGGGUAGUUGUUUCCAACCUUUGGGCCUCCAGGUAUUUUGGUCUUCCGCUCUCAGAAUUCCUAGCCAUUAAAUAAGUUGGCUUCUGAGAGUUGGAGGCCCAAAAAACCCGGAUACCCGGACUUCAGCUCUCAGAAUUCCUAGCCAUUGAAUAAGUUGGCUUCUGAGAGUUGGAGGCCCAAAAAAACCGGAUACCCGGACUUCAGCUCUCAGAAUUCCUAGCCAUUGAAUAAGUUGGCUUCUGAGAGUUGGAGGCCCAAAAAACCCGGAUACCCGGACUUCAGCUCUCAGAAUUCCUAGCCAUUGAAUAAGUUGGCUUCUGAGAGUUGGAGGCCCAAAAAACCCGGAUACCGGGACUUCAGCUCUCAGAAUUCCUAGCCAUUGAAUAAGUUGGCUUCUGAGAGUUGGAAGUCCAAAAAACCUGGAUUGGAAGAGGUUUGCAUCUGCCUGUUCAAACCAAAGUAGUGGUUCCCAACCUUUGGGCCUCCAGAUGUUUUGGUUCUCACCGUUCCAAACCGCUGGGAUUUUUGGAAGCCCGAAACACCUGGAGGUCCAAAGUUUGGGAACCACAGGCCCAGAGCAUGAAAAUCUUCCUUUUUUGUAUUACGGUUCUCAGCAACGUUGGAUGGAGACCAAAGGGUACUGAGUUGUCGAAGGAUUUCAUGGCCGGGAUCAUAGGGUUGUUGUGUGUUUUCCCGGCAGACUGGCCAUGUUCCAGAAGCAUUCUCUCCUGACGUUUUGCCCACAUCUAUGGCAGGCAUCCUCACAGCCUCAGGCCCCUUCCUUUUCCCCCUCCGCCGCUUAAGCGGCGGAGGGGGGAAAGGAAAGGGCCUGAGGCUGUGAGGAUGCCUGCCAUAGAUGGUGAAACGUCAGGAGAGAAUGCUUCCGGAACAUGGCCAGUCAGCCCGGAAAACACAACAACCCAAAGGCUCUGCUUGGGCGGUCUUGUUCAACGAUGCCUUGGGGAAAAAAAGACAUUUCAAGAGGAAUUUUGAUCGUUGGAAGACUUUUCUCUCCCUUUUCAUCCUCAUCCAGCUUAUAACAUUGAGCUCAUUUUACAGAGUCUACUGCAGAUCUUAAGUGGUAAUUUGAAUGCCCGUUGUAGUCCAAAAGUACAUCUCUUUUUGUUCUGUUUCUUUGUUUGGGUGACGAAACCCGACAAGUAUUCACUAGGGAAAGAUGUGUUGCGUUCCGGGAAAAGGCGGAACUGUGCAAUGUACUGUCUACAAGGGACGGCCAAGCUUGAUCCUAAAGCGGCAGUCUGGACGUUUGGGUUUUAUUUCGCGUCAACUGUAAUUAACGCUUUAAUACCAUCUUGUGUUUGGUAAUUUAAUUUCAGCGCGGCUGAAUCGAUCUCAGCCAUUGUGCCAAGGAGGGUUUAAUUAUUAUUAUUUUUGCAAAAAGAGAGUUUCUUUUUUAAAAAAAAAAGGCUCAUAAAAUUGCACAGAGAUUUAAGUUUAAGUGUAUAUUGUGCAUUGGUAGGAAAGUGUGUUGCACCGGCGACUUUCAAAGUGUUUAAGGUUUGGGUGGGAGGGGGCCGUGGGCCGGGAUGCAAAAUUGUAUUAGUAACUAGCAAAAUUAUAAAACUCAAAACCAUUAUGAUUUUUCAAACAUGCAGUAGACUCUGGGAGGACACGGUCCUUCUUUGAAAACAACAACUUUUUAAAAGUUUCGUACCAAUUGGCAGAGAUGCCUUGUUUAAAAAAAGAAAAAUUAAGUAGGACAAGCGAGUCAAUAAAAAAAAUAGGAGUAUUAAAGAUCCAUCAUUUUAAUCAGAGAUUCUUUUGAGAUUUAAAAAAAAAGUCUAGCUUUAGCCAGGUGUGCAUGUUGCUGUCACUUUGCAUUUUUGAAUCAUCUUGUGUAAUUGUCACCAUGAAAGUGUUUACUCAGAAAUGUCAUAGGUUUUCAUCUUUGUGAAAAACAUGGACUAUUGUCACUGACUUUCUUUUGUGUUGAGGUUCCCCCAUUUUUUUUUAUUUUUAUUAUAUUUUUUAUUUUUAUUAUUUGGCUGCCUUUGGGGCACGACUUUCAUUGAAAUACUUGGUCUUGGCUGCAUUCUUUUUUUUUCUGUGGGGUUUACAAAAAAUAAACAUUUUCUUGCAGAUAAA